GGGAGUGGUAGUGGUGGUGGUGGUGGUGGUCACUGGUCACAUUAUUGGAACCUGAAGAUGGAGGCGGCGUGGAGUUCACAUCAUCUGGCCACCACAUUAUGAUUUCUUGACAGGCUGCACGCGGCCACCCUCCACACACCCUGACACACACAGCACGCAGCAGUCGAAGCAACAGGGCCAGCCAGAGCAUCCUCCCAGCGCAGCGCCACAGCCUCCCUUGCUGCACCAUGGAGCCACACAUGUUGCAGGGGCUGUGGGCGCCGGACAACCAGCAGCAGCACAGCCGGGCCUUGGAGUACCUGCAGCGGCUGAGGGAGAGCUCGGACGGAUGGCAGAUCUGUGGCGCCACACUGACCUCCGGCGGCACAAGUCUGGACGAUAAAGUGAAGUUUGUGUGUCUGCAGGUGAUGGAGCACUACGCACAGACACGCUACGUCAUCGCCACACCCGAAGAGCAGAGUCUUCUUCGCCAGCACCUGUCACAGUGGACCACCGCACUCUGUAUGGCCACCGACGCUGAGAAGGUGUACAUUCAGAACAAGACCGCACAGCUAAUGGCGUUGGUGUUUGUGGUGGACUACCCUGACCGCUGGCCCUCCUUCAUUGCCGACGUCCUCUCCACCCUCCACACCGGCGCCAAUGCUGUUGACCUGUAUCUCCGCUUGUUGCUGGCCAUAGAUACUGAGGUUGUGGACCGGGAGAUCAUCCACACACAGGCGGAGAGUGAACGCAACAACCGCAUCAAGGACACCAUGAGGGAACACUGUGUGGUGGACCUCACCAACUCCUGGUAUGACAUCCUGGUGAAGUAUGAGAAGAGCCACCCCAGCCUGGUGUGUCAGUGUCAUGAUGUCAUUGGGGCAUACAUCUGCUGGAUUGACAUCACCCUUAUAGCCAAUGACAGGUUUGUGUGUAAGCUGGUUGACCACCUGAAGGAGCCACUGCUAAGGGAGGCUGCAGCAGACUGCAUCCAUGAGGUCAUUACUAAGGGCAUGGAACCGCUGGCCAAGACGCAGCUCAUUGAGUCCUUUGUCACUGUGCUGGACAGGGCUGGGGUGCUGAAGCCGGUCGAUGACGAUGACUCGGACUUCCUGGUGAAGCUGGCCAGACUCAUUAAUGGCAUUGGGGUCCAGCUCAUUCUGGCCUGGCAAAAGCUGGACAAGAAGGAGGUGGAGAAGAAGAUUAUGAUCCGCCAGGCUGUGGAAAGCAAGGUCACUCUUCUCCUUGUCUUCAUGGCCAGUGACUAUGAUGACAUCUCGGCCGCUGUGUUCGACUUUGCACGUGAUUAUAUCCAGAUGAUCAAGCAGAAUGGAGGGCUGAGUGAGGUGGAGCGUGGCCUGCUGGAGAACAUGCUGUACGUGGUGAUCACCAAGACAAAGUAUGAUGAGUCCUACAAUUUUGACCAGGCUGGUGAGGAGGAGGCAAUGUUUGAUGACUACAGGAAGAGACUCAAGGUGGUGUUUGAUAACCUGGCUGCCCUGAUUCCUGAGGUCGUCCUGAAGGUGACAAAGGAGUAUGUGGUGACGACGCUGAACCGGUGGCAGGCGUCGUCAUAUGAGGAUGUGGAGGCAGCUGUGUCCCUUCUGUACAACCUUGGCGAGGCGCUCCCUGCUUCACACGGCAACCACUUCUCAGGUCCCACACAGGGGGGCGACCCGGCCUCCUUGCAGGUGUCACAGGUGAAGACAUCCACCAUGCAGGAGAUGAUGCGGCUGCUGGUGUCUUCAGGAGUCUCUGCACACAGCCACCCCGCUGUGUCACUGCAGUUCUUUGAGUGUGUGGCGCGCUAUGAGAAGUUCUUUGCCUGUGAGGUGCAGUUCAUUCCAGGCAUCCUCACUGCCUUCCUUGACGUGCGGGGAAUGAGGAACGCUAAUCCCAGGGUGCGGAGUCGGACGAGUUACCUGUUUUCCCGAGUGGUGCGCUGCCUCAAGACUCACAUCAUUAACUACACAGAGCAGGUCCUGUCUCAGCUGGCACCCCUGCUGGCCCUGGCACCCCCACAGCCUGCGGGGGUGUCAAGUGGUGGCCUGCUGACCCCUGACGACCAGCUGUAUGUGUACGAGGCAGCGGCGAUGCUGGUGGUGGCCGGCAACACUACGGCGCAAGAGAAGGAGAUGCUCAUGAGGAACCUGUUGGCACCGGUCUUCUCGGAGGUGACCCGGCUGGCGGAGAGUCUGGCACAGGAGUGUGACCCUAUGAUGCAGAUGAGCAUUGCCAAGAGCAUCUGCCACGCCACGGCCGUCACCGCCCGCACCUCCAAGGCUUUCUCCAACCAGAACACCAUCCAGGCCUGUGGGUGUGUGCAGCUCUACCUGGAGGCCCUGCAGCUCUUCAUUAACUGCCUCAGUGUUGGUCUGGAGCGCGAGGUGGUUGGGUCAGGAGUGCGGCAGCUGAUGCAUCGCCUGGUGGUGUGUCUGGAUGGCAACAGUCUGCUGCCGCUGCUGCCCACUGCAUCUCAAGCCCUGCUGCACACACCCUCCACCAACGCACUCACCGAAUAUCUGCCACUCAUCAACCAGAGCAUCACCAAGUUCCAGAAGGACAUUGGACCAUUCCUGCAGAACAUCUUUGUGCCGCUGGUGUCUGCCAUCUUCACCGCCCUGUCCGAGCCCCUGGAGGAGAAUGAGGAGGAGGAGAAGCGCACCAGGCGACUCCUCCAGCGUGGUUAUUACCUCUUCCUCACCACCAUCGUGUCCAACAACCUCCUGGACACUCUCGCUGCACUGGACGCCACCACACUGCAUCAGGUGUUGAUGUCUGUGGUGCAGGGAGCGGUGGAGUUUCCUGAUCCCGUGGCACAGAAAAAUUGCUUUGUCAUCCUGCGGCGGCUGACGGAGGCUUGGGGGGAGAAAGAUGUGGGGCCGCCGGGCUUUGUUGAGUUCCUUUACACUCAGGUGGUGCCGGCGUGCUUCCUGGCUCCCCUCAAGACGACCUUUGACCUUAACGACGCCCAAACCAUCCUGGCACUGCAUGAGUCCGUCACGUGUCUACAGUCAGUGUACAAGCGGCGUGGGGAGGAGCUGGUGUCCUACCUGCGCUCCGAGUACCUGCCCAAGAUGGAAGUGUCCCCAGAGCUGAUCGCCGAGUACUGCCAGGCGCUCACCUCCGACGCUAAGUUCUUUAGGAAUUACAGCAAGAUUUUCUUCCAGCGGGCCAAGUCAUGAGGUGGCUGUGGCAAGACUCCCGCCCUGUGCUGAGUCCACCACCGCCGCCGCCAGUCCGAGCGUGUGUCCUGGGCUGCCUUGUUGUGUGAUGGAAGAGUUGCUGCAAAGAUAUUUCUAGUCAUAUCUGCUGAGACCCAGUAGUGGGGGGGUAGCAAGCAUCCUGCAUGACUGACUGAGCCGGGCGUGGGUGGGACGGGUGUGUGGCUGUCAUGCGGGUGUGUCACUGACAGCGCAGCACUGUGGUCAGCACGACAGGGAGGCUGAGGGCAGUGUUGGGAGGUCGGCAUGUCAUCUUGUUCAGCAGGAAAGGUUUGCCGGCCACACCAGCACCGCCACCACCAGCACCUUCACCUCCCGUCCUGCCAGCUUGGUGCUGUCCGCCAGACACCCCAGUGAUGUGCCUUACUGUGCCUGGUGCCUGGUGCCCAGCUGCCUCUCAGCUGGUGACUCAGGCCCCACGUGUCUGUCGCCUGCACGUCUCCUGGGGCUAGUCACUCCUCAGCCUUGGAGACGACGUGCUGACUCUUUGCUCUAGUGUAAGUGUUCCCUCGGGUUCCCUGGAGUGUUGCCAGUGCAGGGUCAGGGAGAGCAAGACACAUGACAGACUAGCAACACACUGAUUCACUCUCUCUGUGCUGUGAGCCUGUGACCUGUGUGCUGAUGACUAAGACCCAUAUUCUGAAACACUUCUGUGCCUCACAGCACCUUUACUAUUUUCCAAGGGCUCUAGUUGAAGUGACACGGGUUUUUAAGUAUGUUUCUGUAAUUUUAGUGAUAUGUUAACAAGUUUUCUGCAUUAUCAAAAGGAUAGAUAUUCUUUAGAACUCAGCUAAUGGUCUCUGUGGUCUUUGAAAAUGGUCGCAGUGAGAGAGGGAAGAGUUUCUGAAUAUGGCGCUAAGGCCGACUCGUUUCAGUCUGGAGUCAGUCUUUCUUUGACUAUUUAAUGACAAUGAAGACUGUUCCUGUUUAACUCAGAGUCAGUCUAUACAGAAAUACCACAAUUAAUAAUGUUGACCUUAUCUGUAUAAAUGGAGCACAUCUUUGAUAUCUUGUUGGUAUAGGCUUGUUUAAAUUAACCAUUUAUCUUGUUUACAUUAGAGUUUCCUGCAACUUCUGCUUGGAAUGACAAUUAUAAUAUUAAUGUUUUGUUGUAUGAAUUUGUUGAGCGUGUGUACGAGUGUGGGAGCGAACCGGCUGGACUGUGCUGGGCUGGGCUGGGGAUUCAGUCAUGAAGGAUGUGUUUAACUGUGAUAGGCAGAUAUGAUUAGACUGCUGCUCAAAACACUGUAAGGAUUAACGGAGAACUCGCAUGUAUGUAUUUAUCAAGUGAUGCAUCAUUUACCCUAACACUACAUCCACUACUACUA